GAGUCUAACAGCUACAAUUCCGACUUCGGUGUUUGGUCUUCGAAACGCAAAAAUCUCUCUUUGUUGGGCGAUUCAUUCAAAAUCCACUGGCUGGGUAAAUUUCUCUGGUAUUCUCUUUGAGAAUUGGGGUAAAAAUGGGCGUGAAACAAGCUUUGAAGAGCUUGGAUGCAUUUCCUCGUGCCGAAGAGCACUUGUUGCAGAAAACACAAACUGGGGCAGUUGUUUCUGUUGUUGGUCUACUUAUAAUGGCGACAUUGUUUGUGCACGAGCUGAGAUAUUAUCUUACCACAUAUACCGUCCAUCAGAUGUCCGUAGACUUGAAGCGUGGAGAGACUCUUCCAAUUCACAUAAAUAUCACAUUUCCAUCUUUACCUUGUGAUGUUUUGAGUGUGGAUGCGAUUGAUAUGUCAGGAAAGCAUGAAGUGGAUCUUGACACAAACAUAUGGAAACUUCGCCUGAACAGUUAUGGCCACAUCAUCGGCACUGAAUAUUUGUCUGACCUUGUGGAAAAGGAACAUUCUCACAAGCAUGAUGACAGUAAAGAUCAUCAUGAGGACAAGGACCAGGAAAUUCAUUUACAAGGAGCUUUUGAUCAAGCUGCAGAAGAUCUCAUCAAGAGGGUAAAGCAUGGAAUAGCAAAUGGAGAAGGAUGCCGGGUUUUUGGUGUUUUAGAUGUCCAAAGGGUUGCUGGAAACUUUCACAUUUCAGUUCAUGGAUUAAACAUUUUCGUUGCACAAAUGAUUUUUGAAGGAUCUAAAAAUGUAAAUGUAAGCCACAUCAUUCAUGACUUGUCAUUUGGCCCAAAAUAUCCAGGGAUUCACAACCCACUGGAUGGGACGGAGCGUAUUUUGCAUGACACAAGUGGCACUUUCAAAUAUUAUAUAAAGGUUGUUCCAACGGAAUAUAGGUAUAUCUCAAAAGAAGUUUUGCCAACCAAUCAAUUCUCUGUCACAGAAUAUUUUUCUCCUAUGAAGCAGUUUGAUAGGACAUGGCCAGCUGUAUACUUCUUGUAUGAUCUGUCGCCAAUCACUGUAACUAUCAAAGAAGAACGCCGCAGUUUUCUCCAUUUCAUCACUCGGCUUUGUGCUGUAUUGGGCGGUACCUUUGCUUUGACAGGAAUGCUAGAUCGAUGGAUGUACAGGUUUCUUGAAGCAGUGACCAAACCAAAUGCUAGAAGUGUACUCCGGUAAGCUUCGGGAGUCUGCAAUUAUUAUUUACUCAAGCACAUCUCCUAAUGAACUCUUGACGUUAGUAAGGUCAUGAUGUUUCCCGAUUAGCAAGUGACCGUGGAUGUAAAAUGAAGAUGCAAGAGCUGAAAUGUCCAUUGCUCAUGUAACUCACAUUCUAGGUUGCUCCCCAUCGAUGACCAAUACAUGAAAUUGCAUUGGCAUCUUUUUUAUAUCAUGUUAUUUUUAUGGUUUUAAAUCGCGUUGCGCUGCUGGGGGGGAGCUCAAAAUUGUUGUAGCCUACUUGGUAUACGCAGGAUUCUUUACAGACUACUUGAUUUUGCUUAGUUUUAAUCUAGGCACUGUUCAAAUUUUGGUGA